AGAUGUAAGUCACUUCCUAAGGUUACCAGCUACAAAGACAUCUCACCAUGCUGGGAGAACUGGUCAGUGCUGCAGUAGGAGGAGCUCUGGUUGUGGUUGCGGCUCCCAUAGCCCUGGGUGCUGUGGGCUUCACUGCUGCAGGUAUUGCAGCAGGAUCCACAGCAGCCAAGAUGAUGUCAGCAGCAGCACUCGCCAAUGGGGGUGGAGUUGCAGCAGGAAGCCUGGUAGCCACACUGCAGUCAGUGGGGGCUGCUGGACUCUCUACAUCAUCCAACGUCAUCCUGGGGUCUAUUGGGGCAGCUGCUGGAGCCUUGCUUUGAACUUGGGAGAUGACACCUCAAACAGGGAAACCCAAAGACCAUAAGUACUACCCACGAGACCCUGUACCCCAAGAUGAUCCUCCAAAUUCCUCACUGAAAUCAGAGAAAGAUGAGAAAUAAAGGUUAUAUGUUAGGAAACCUA